GAGACAUUGGAUUUAACCUGUAGAAAAGCCCCGUGCUUUGUGACAUUCUCAGAGAUGGAAAAAAUGGCAAACAUUCAAGCUGAAAUCAAUGAGGAAAAACUGAAAACUGAAAUGCUACAGUUGGAGAAAGAGACAGCAGACAUUGCUCACCCUUUUCACCUAGGAAAAAAAUGUGAGAUUUUACAAGAUAUGAACAGACACUUGGAAGCUAUGCUGAAAGAGAAGGCGGCUCUUAGAAGGAGGUUGAUAAAGCCCAGAUGUCAAGACAGCCUGCCUAUUGAGGCUACUUUCCACAAGUAUGUAGUAGAGUUGUUGGCUGAGGCUGUGGCUUUCAUUGAGAAGCUUGAAAGCCAUUUGCAGACCAUGAGAAGCAUCCCUGAGAUACCAAACAUGAUGAAGAAUAUGGACACUGCUUUGACAAAAACAGAGGUGCUUGUUGUGGAGUUGGAGCUGCUGACAGAGGAAAUACUGAAAUGGAGAGAACUGCAAAAAGUGUAUUCUAGCCGCAUCUGCAAUACUGCUGAAUUGGACUUCGGCUUAUUUUCCACCUAA